AUGGAGGAAGAGGCAAGCGAAGUACCGUCGGGCAUUCGAUUUCGGCCAACUGAUAAAGAACUAAUCUUGUACUAUCUACGGCCUUGGUUACGCUGCGAGAAGCUUCCGUGCAACAUCAUUAAUGAGGCUGACCAGUAUGAUGGCACUCACCCUGAGUUUCUCACAGCACUGUACGAGCCUGCUGAGCAUGGUGGUCCAUGGUACUUCUUCAUGCAAGUGACUCCAAUCAGCUCUAGCAAGAAGAGGUUGAAACGCUCCAAUGAAAUAGGACAGUGGAAGAUGAGCCACAGCCAAGACCUAAAGAAUAAAAGAAAGGAGAAGAUUGGUGUCAAGAGCAUGCUCAACUACUAUGAGUUUCAUGGAAAAAAUAAGAAGAAGACCGGCUGGAUUCUGUAUGAAUACAGAAUCGCGGGAUACGAAAAAGCAAUCCGAGUUGGUGACUGGGCUUUAUGCAAAAUAUAUUUAAACCGUUCCAAUAAGAAGUCCAAUGAUGCUGAUCGUAUAAUAGCUCCCACAAUACAGCACCCACCAAUGGCAAUGAGCAGUUUUCCAAGUGGUUUCGCAGCACUUCCACCACCAUAUAAGAUAGGAGGAGGACAUGAAGUGCAGCAAGGGAGUGUUGGGUCAGGCCCUCUUGAUUCUGACCGUGACGUGUGUCGAAGAUUGGCACCGCCAUCUUGUUUUGCUCCAAGCUUCUCCUUUCCAUCUAUACUCGAAGCAGGAACAAAAGCUCAUAGUCAAGAGGUUGGAGCUCUUGGAGGAGAACAAUGUAGGGGUUCAAGUACUCAGCUACUAGACCUCCAAGCAGAAGAUGUAGCUGGACCACUAUGCCAUGAGGAUGACUAUAAUCUUAGCAUCACUUUGGAUGAACUGGAGGAAUUUCUCAGGGAAGAUAACGAGUAA